GGAUGACAUAGGGGUGAGUAAAUUAUCAGGAAAUUUUAAUUUGAAAGUGAACUAAUCCUUUAAUGCCUACUUCUACGUCAUUGCCUGUUCCGCCCCGCCCACCGAAUCACGCAUGUAGUAGGAAGAGCAAAUGCGCGAGGGACCCAAACACAGGAUUACUCGAGCAACGGAACGAUAGAGAUGCCUCUGAGGAUUACAAGACGUUGUGCAGUACUAAGUUGUGGAAAAGCACAAUCUUUGCAUUGCCUUCCGCGUGAUCCUAACGUUAGUAAAGCGUGGAUGAACUUUAUUUUUAACGAAGUUCCAGAUAGCGUCAAUAAGACACUAUUUGUUUGUUCGCUUCAUUUUACUCCGGAUUCGUUUAUUAACAAGUCGCAGUUCGACGCAGGCUUUUCAGAGAGACUGAAAAUAAAAGAUGAUGCUGUGCCGACUAUACUGGAGCCGACAGUAAUGCCCCAACACACAUGUGUGAGUAACAAUAUUUUUACCAUGCGUCACUAUUGCUUUGUCUUUUACAGAUCGUUUGAUGAGUAGUUAUACGUUUUUAUGCAACAACCCAGCACAGUUUCCACAAAUGCACAUACAUGUAUACGUUUUUACUUGAAUUCGUUUACACGAAACACCGUUAUCCUUUUGUCAGCUAUAACUGGUAACUCAAAUCGUGCGUGCCAGUGUUGUAGUAAAGUGCUAGUAGUGUGCUCACACUAUAGUACACUUAAAAUAGCCAGAAGAUGCAUUUAAUUAACCUAAAGGCGAAGAAAUGUGGAAUGUUGAGAAGCUUCAUGCACUCAUCUGUCGCAGCUUUAAUUACGUAGAGGAGGGGGCGGUGCUAUCAGACUCCAAUGAUGAAUGACAAAACCUUUUAAAAUUCAUGCACCACACAGUUGAGUAGUGUGUAAGUGUAGUGCGUCAUUUGGGACACAACUAAAGAACUGCUUGAACUUUAUUUGCUCCAGUAGCAGUGCCAGACAAGCAGCCAUAGAACGGAAGUGAGGGGCGGAAUUUUCUUUUAUUAGAUAUGAGCUAUUUUCACAUGGAUUUUGAUAUUUAAAAAAUAAUUUUAAAUAGGUACUUAGAUGCGUUGUCUUAAUCAUGUUUAAAGGGACCUAUUAUUAUUUACUUUUAUAAGGUGUUUGAACACUGUGUGUCUGCAGUGUGUGAGAACAACCAGCCUAUAAUAGUAAAAAUCCACUCCCUCAUUUGUUUAUGAUACCCAUAAAUCAAAAGCAGUUGAAAUCUCUUCAAACUAGCUGAUUCAGAUUCCCCCUACAAUGAUAUCAUCGUAGGGAGAAGCCCCGCCUACCACCGAUGACAAUCUGCCCUAUUAGCAAAUAGACAGAGUUCGCCAUUUCGGUAUCCUCUCUGUAGCUGUACAAUGUCUGCGCCAAAGAGGCAUUACAAGUGUCAUGUUUUGGGAUGUAACAGUGAACAUAAGAGUCUCCAUAGACUUCCGCAAUCUGAGUCUCAGAGGACAUCGUGGUUAAAUUUCAUUUUCAAAGGAAAUGUCCCGAAGAAAAUAGUUAAAGUCUUGUAUGUUUGCGCUAAUCAUUUUGCGCCGGACUGCUUCGCAAACGAGGGUCUUUUCAACGCUGGAUUUUCACAAAGGUUGAUUCUGAAAUAUGGGUCAAUACCAACGCUUCGUCCGCAAACUUCAGAUCCACACAAACGGCAAACCUCGACAGUGGCUGAACUUCUCGCUUCUGCUGCCGAAGCCAAGAAAAAAACUACGAUUGAUGUGGACAAUAUUAUAAUCAGUAGUGACGAAGAUCUUGAUAUUUGUGAUCAGGACAGUGUGGCCAGUAGUGUGGACAGCACAGCAGAGGAAAUGUUUAUUGAUGGUCUUGACCCUGUUCUCGAUCGACCUUCAUCUGACCUUUACCCACCAGAGGAGGACUGUGAUUCACAGGACCACCCACAACAGAGAAAGCGAUUCCGUCUUUCGUCUUCUGCUGAUGGAGGUGGCAGAGAGAGUGAAAAUGAUUUCUCUGGUGUGUCAACAGAAAGGUGGCAUAACUCGGAUGAAGCAGAUGAUGAGCCACCUCGUAUAGACUUCACUCCUGUCCAAGAACCUGGCCCUCAGAUUUUACCGAAUAGGUGUAGCAGUCCUCUGCAGUUUUUUCAACUGUUGUUCCCUAAAACAAUGUUGCAGACCAUUGUAGGGCACACAAAUGGCUAUGGAGCUAAGUGCCAAAAGAGAAGGGGCAAGGUGUGGGAAAACAUUUGUCAAAACGACUUGAAGUCGUACAUAGCACUGGUCAUUUACAUGGGCAUGUUCAAGUGCUCUUCACUAGCUGACUAUUGGAGUGUGUCCCAGCACUUCAGUCUGUCAUUUCCUGCAAAAAUCAUGUCUUACCAGAAAUUUCUGUCAAUCUCCAAAGCUCUUCAUCUAAGUGACAGCAGGGAGGAUGAGAAGAACAACAUUAGGAGGGGAACAGCAGCCUAUGAACGGCUGGGUAAAAUUCAACCCCUGUAUCAAAUCAUUAGGGAGGCCUGCAAGACGUUUUUUCAUCCCUUCCAGAACAUCACCAUUGUUGAAAGAAUGGUGACAUCGGAGGCUAGAACUGGAGUCAAGCGAUGCAUGAAAAACGAAUCUCCAAACAUGGGGUACAAACUCUUUGCACUGACAGACUGCACCUGCGGCUAUACAUGGGACUUCUUUGUUUACGAGGGGAAGUCAUGUACGUCACAGAGCGAGGGCUUGAGUUACGAGUCCGUUAUGGCAUUGGUGGAUGAAAAUAUGUUGGGCUCUGGGUACAAACUGUUUGUUGACAAAUUUUACACCAGUCCAACACUCUUCAGGGACCUCUUGUGUAAAAAGAUCUGGGCUUGUGGCCCUGUCUGGGCAAACAGGGCAGGUUUCCCAGAAACAACUGUGAACAAAUUGACAAGGAACGCGCCACGCGGCACCAUGCGUUGGAUUAGGAACGACGAGCUCCUGUUUGUUGAGUGGAAAGACUCACAGGAAGUGCAGAUGUGUUCCACCUUCCACAAAGCCUAUAAAGGUGAUACUGUGCAGAGGAAGGUGAAGGGUGACGCACAUCGAACCCUUGUGGAGGUCCCCAUUCCAGCUGUGGUGUUGGACUACAACAGGAACAUGGAGGCAGUGGAUCCACCUAAUUGCAUUACUGGACAUUACAGAGCUCUACAUAAACCAAAAAAGUGGUAUCAAUGUAUUUUUUAUCACUUUUUGGACAUCACUGUAGAGAAUGCAUUCAUCAUGCAGAAACUAAUGGCCAAGGGAAAGAACAAGAAGCCUUUGACCCGAAAGACAUUCUUGGAGGUGCUUAUUUUGGAGCUGGCAGAGUUGGGUCCUCAGGAUUCGGCGCCAGUUUCCUCGGCUCCCUCUUCCUCAGCAGUUCCUCCUCCUUUCCACAAGCCGAAGUACAUCACACCGGACAAUGAUGGUAGAAGGAAUUGCAGGCUUUGCAACCAGACAACUCCAGUCAUGUGUGUGACUUGUGAUGUGAUGUUGUGCUUUCAGCCUGAGAGGGACUGUUUCAAUGAUUGGCACGAAAAACAAGGCUUUUGAUUUAUCCUCCAACCCCUCUGUUUUUGGUGCAUUGCUUGAUUCCAAUUAUCAGACUAUUUAAAUUAAAUGUCUUUUGUUUGUUACAUUUGUAAAGUAGGAGGAAAGGACUUUUCACACAUGACCAAAUCAUCAUCCACAGAAAUUGAAGCAAUGGCUGCUUGUGCUGAUGAUGAAAUAUUACAAAUAAAACAUACUGGAAAUGUA